AUGUCCGAUCCAACUAUAAAAGGUCUCCCACCUCCUCCUGUCAAAUACGACGGAUCGAAUUUCCGAAUCGCCAUCGUUCACGCCAGAUGGAACGAUGCGAUCAUCAAGGCUCUCUUGGAAGGGACGAUUAACAAGUUGAAAGAGCAAGGCGUGAAAGAGGAGAAUAUCGUGGUGAAGAGUGUACCAGGCAGUUACGAGCUGCCUUUUGCUACCAAGCAACUCAUCGAAGCAGGUAAAGUCCAAUCCGCCAAUGCCGCUCCUUCAAUGAUAGCCUCAACCACCAACCUCCUCUCUCUCAUCGAUAACAACACUUCAUCCCAACCAUCCGAACCCAAACCAUCAUCAACCUCAACUGGUCCAUUGACCACUCCAUUCGACGCUGUCAUCUCGAUUGGAUGCUUGAUCAAAGGUUCAACGAUGCACUUCGAGUAUAUCUGCGAUUCUGUCACCCACGGAUUAAUGCGAAUUCAACUGGAUACCGGGACACCAGUCGUUUUCGGUGUGUUGACCGCUUUAAAUGAUGAUCAAGCACUUGAGAGAGCUGGGAUUGGAAGAGGGGAAAAAGGUAAAGGCCAUAACCAUGGUGAAGAUUGGGGUUUGGCAGCUGUCGAGCUUGCCGCUCAGAACAAAGAUUGGACGAAAGGCGUACUUUGA